GCCAUUGAGUUCAACAUACACUAGUUGCUUGUUUAGUGAUACUCUGAAACUGAAUGGGUACACCAACAACAUGGUUUGCUUCUGUGUUUUUCUUCUGGGUUCUAAUAAUUGAAAGCAGUCUGAGCGAAGGGUGCUUGAAGCAAGAAAAAGAUGUUCUUUUAUAUAUGAAAGGCCGUUUCAGCGACAUGGAACCAUACGCGUAUCCAGAUCUAUCGCGUUUGCAAAAAUGGGAGCCAUACAUUAAUUGGGUGGACGGCACUGAUUGCUGUCAAUGGAAAGGGGUUCGGUGUAACGCCAUUACUGGCCGAGUCGCUACACUCACUCUUCUUGAUCAAAAUUAUAUUUAUGAUCAACCCAGUCACUUCAAUUUCUCGGAUUUUCUUGUUUUCGAAGAUCUGAAAGCACUCUACAUUGAUGGAAUCGAUUGUUGUGUUGAAGAUGCAGGAAUACAAAGAAGGAAGUUAAGAAAUUUAGAAGUCCUUGAGCUUGACUUUGAAUCCAAUAAUGCUGCCUGUAAAAUUGAGCAUUGUUUUAGCGCUAUCUCAUCUCUCAAGUCUCUACGCUUAAAUGUUGCUACUAAGGCUACCUUGACUGGCAAAUCAUUCCAAGCUAGUUGGAAAAAGAUUUCUUCCAAGUUGAGGAAUCUGGAGCAUCUUUACCUAUCCUUACCAUACUUACCUAAUGAGAUUCUUCCAUCUAUGAAGAAACUUACCUCUUUGAGAACUCUCAAUUUGGCUGGAAAUGGGUUAGACAAUAAAUUUAACUUUUCAGAUUUAGCUUCCAAGUUCACCAAUCUGGAGGUACUUGACUUAGGUUUCAACCAUUUCAAUGAGACAGAAGAGAUAUUCUCCGCUCUCAGUAUUCUAUCAUCUCUCAAGUCAUUAACUUUGCGAGGCUGCGAACUAACAUCCAUAUCAUAUACUAGUUUGUCACAGUUACACUCCUUAGAGUUCCUUGAUGUAUUAUCUGCUCUCGGUUUGAACAUAAGUUUUCCCACCAUAUCACCCCAAGGCACAAAAUUUUCAAGCAGCUUGAAGACCCUUUAUUUCAAUCCCAAGAACGUAGAUGCAAAUGUCUUACGUUCAUUAAAAGCUUUCCCAUCUCUUACAAUGCUUGAAAUUAGUGAGAGCAACUUCGACAAAAAUGUUACAGCUGGAGAUUUUGCUGAGCUAAGGAACCUAGAGCACUUGGUCUUGGACGCCGGUUUCAAUCUGCAAAAUGAGUUUUUCAAAAGCAUUGGAACCUUGACUUCUCUAAAAACUUUAUCUGUAAACUCUGAUAUACAAGGCUUCCUACCAGAAGCAGAUUGGUCUAAUCUGAAGGAACUGCAGGAGUUAAAUAUAAGUUAUAAUGAGUUUGAAGGACCACUUCCCUCAUCUUUUGUGAACAUGACAUCACUUCAGAAGUUAGAUUUUUCUGCAGGCAAUCAAUUCAGUGGGAAUCCAGCUUCCAACCUUGCAAGCCUUACAUCACUUGAAUAUCUUGAUUUCACAGGGAACCUAUUUCAAAUCCCAGCAUCCUUUUCAUUCUUUGCCAAUCAUUCUUACCUAAAAUUUGUUUAUGGCAAUGGUAGUAACAUAGUACCUGAACCACACCCUGCUUCUCAAACUUGGGUCCCAAGGUUCCAAUUACAAGAACUCAUUUUGCCAGCAACAACCCAGAGAAGCAUCAUUCCUUUUCCUAACUUUCUUUUAAGCCAAACUGAAUUAACCAUUGUUGAUAUUACUGGAUGGAAAUUGACAGGGGAAUUCCCAAACUGGUUGUUGGUAAACAACUCGAAAAUGAUUGACUUUUCUUUAGGGAACAAUUUCUUCACAGGUCAUGUGAAGUUUCCAUCACAUGUUACUCCUAAUAUUCAGAGAAUUGAUGUGUCUGAAAAUGUGAUAUCAGGUCAGAUCCUAGGUAACAAUAUCAGUUCAAUCUUCCCAAAGUUAAAUAUUCUGAACAUGUCAGGGAAUGCAAUCAGUGGUUCACUUCCUUAUGAGUUUGUUCUAAUGAAGUCUCUGGUUUGCUUGGAUCUAUCUGAUAAUGAUUUGUCAGGUGAAAUUCCAUCAAAUAUACCAACAAGUUCUUUUAUUAGAUUGUUGAAGCUAUCAAAGAACAAAUUCACUGGAAAGGUUACUCUUUUGUUAGCUCUCAAAAACUUGGCAUACUUGUGUUUGGAUAGAAACUUCUUUUCUGGUGAAAUUCCAAGUUCUUUAUUCUCUGAUACACCACUACUUUCCUAUGUGGAUCUAAGCAAUAACAACUUUGUUGGAAAGCUUCCAAGGCUAGCUUUUAAUUCCUCAAUGUUGAAUGAAGUUUCUAUGUACAAUAAUCAUCUUGAAGGAAACAUUCCAAAUGAAUUUGGACGGGAACUAUAUGCUUUAGAUCUCUCAGGAAACAACUGCUCUGGGCCGGUUCCAUCUUUCAAGCAUUCUGUUUUGUCAGUAAUCUUUCUGAGUGACAAUAGAUUAACCACUUUGCCAAGAAGAAUGUUCGGUGAUAACAAUGAUGUGGUAAUAUUGGAUCUUAGCAAUAAUGAAAUAUCUGGAACCAUUGAAGACAUCAUAAGCAUCAUCGGUGUUCUAAAUAUUCUUAUCUUGAAAGGUAACAAACUUGUAGGAAAUAUACCCAAUGAAUUGUGCAAUGUUACUAGUGUGUUAUCAAUUAUAGAUUUCUCUCAUAAUAGUCUUUCUGGUCCAAUACCUAAAUGUCUUGGAAAUAUAAGUUUUGAUAGUCCAAAUUUUUUCCUGCUAAAGUGGCCUAAUGUAUUGGAUCAAGUCAUAUAUCCGCCAUCGAUUGUGCUCUGUCGAGUAAACUUCACGACGAAAAGCAGAACAUACAAUUACCAAGGGACAAUCUUUGCUUAUAUGAGUGGCGUGGACUUGUCGAACAACAAAUUCGAAGGGAACAUUCCGGCGGAACUUGGAAACAUGACAGGGAUCAGAGCAAUAAACUUGUCUUACAAUGACUUAACAGGACAUAUCCCAUCUACACUUUCCAAAUUGAAAGACAUAGAGAGUUUGGAUCUUUCUUUCAACAAAUUGAGUGGCAAUAUUCCUUCACAGUUCACAGACUUAACCUCCUUAGAAGUGUUCAGUGUGGCAUACAACAACCUUUCAGGUGUAACUCCGGAUAGGAAUGGACAAUUCAUAACCUUUGAUGAGAGCAGUUAUGAAGGCAAUCCUUAUCUUUGUGGACCACCUUUGAGAAAUCCUUGUUCUGAUCAUAGUGGACAACCAACUUUACAUUCACCAGGUGUGGAGGGAGACAGAGACAAUGGUUUCAUGGACAUGUAUGUUUUCUAUAUUAGCAUGGCAGUGUCUUGGACAAUGGUGGUGUUGAUGAUGGUGGCGGUUUUCUAUAUAAGUCCUUAUUGGCGACGGAUUUGGUUUUAUUUCAUUCAAGUUGUCAUUGACACCUGCUACUAUUUUGUCAUUGAUUAUUUUCCAAGGUUGUAUUGAU